CAGAGCAAAGAAGACUUUUCGAGAAAGAAAAAAUAAACAGAAGCUAAAGAGAGAAGCCAUGUCGUCAUCUUUGGGCAACGACGAUUCACAACUCGGUGAGUCAAAUCGUUCAGCAGUAGUAGAUGGCGGCGACGGAGGAAACUACACGGCUUACGAGUCUCGGUUCCAGUCGCAGCGGUUUGACUCGUCCUUCUCCAACUUCGAGAAAGACUUAGCUGGCGGUGGCGAUUCGUCUCCUUACUCCAACCAAGAUGAUAUCUCGUCGCCGCAGAGGGAACUACCGGAAACUCAAUCUCCACCGUUGAAAAACAGUUCCGCUGAUACCAACGGUCCGAUCUUGCCUCCUCCAUCGGUCAUGGAGAAAGAGGAAGGUUUUGCUCUCAGGGAGUGGCGAAGGCUAAAUGCUCUGAGAUUGGAAGAGAAGGAAAAAAAGGAGAAAGAAAUGGUUCAGCAGAUUAUAGAAGCAGCAGAGCAAUACAAGGCUGAGUUCUACAGCAAGCGUAGCAUUACUAUUGAAAACAACAAGAAAACCAACCGCGAGAAAGAGAAGUUGUUUUUGGAGAGCCAAGAAAAGUUUUAUGCUGAAGCUGACAAAAACAGCUGGAAGGCGAUUGCUGAACUCAUUCCUCGUGAAGUACCAGUAUUAGAGAAGAAAGGCAAGAAGAAGCAAGCUUCUGUAACUGUGAUACAGGGGCCAAAACCAGGGAAGCCAACUGAUUUGUCUCGUAUGCGUCAAGUGAUCACGAGACUCAAGCACAAUCCACCUUCUCAUAUGAAGCCUAAAGUACCCACACCAUCUGAAGUGGACCCGUGAGUGAAACGGUGUAGUCUGUGUUUGUGUUAACUUUUUCUUUGGUUUGUCUAAAGCGUGUGUUAUUUGUUAGCUUCCUCAUGUGUUCAGUCUCGAAUUUUGCUUUUUGUGUGUUACGUUUCUCUGGUUCUAGCCUUGUUGGCUUCCCACACAGUUUUCAGACUUGGAUGUAUCUAUUCUAAUAAAACAGACCAAAAUAUGUGUAC